AUGGGAUCUUUCAAUGCUGCCCAGUCCGUCGCGUCGACGCCUCGUGCGACACCCCCUCCGAAAAGCUCACAGCAAUCGCUGUCCUUUAGUUAUCCAAAUGGCCUUCCAGGCGGCGCGAGAGGUAGCUUUGGAGGGUUCGAUGAUAUGAAUGGCUAUGGGGCAAUGGUGCAGUAUCAAGAGGAAUAUAGACCGCAGAUCUACAAAGCUGUCUAUUCCAACGUCUCGGUCUACGAAAUGGAAGUAAAUGGUGUUGCCGUUAUGAAACGUCGUUCUGAUUCCUGGUUGAAUGCUACUCAAAUCCUCAAAGUAGCUGGCGUUGUCAAAGCUCGAAGAACGAAAACUCUCGAGAAAGAAAUUGCUGCAGGCGAACAUGAGAAAGUUCAGGGAGGCUAUGGAAAAUACCAAGGAACAUGGGUGAAUUAUCAGAGAGGCGUCGAGCUUUGCCGUGAGUAUCAUGUCGAGGAAUUAUUGAGACCACUUCUCGAAUACGAUAUGGGACCCAACGGGACCGCAAAUGCUGGCCAUGACACUCUAGACACUCCUACAAAGGAGCAAGCGAUGGCAGCGCAGAGGAAGAGGCUUUAUAGCGGUGUGGAUAACCGGGGGAUGUCGCAACCGCAGCAGGGUACCUUCUUCCAGAAUAUUUCCCGGACCGCUGCAACGGCUGUCAACGCUAUCAGCAAAGCUCGGUUCGAUUCACCUGCAGCAAGAAAUGCCGAUAGUAGACGCUCGAGUAUCAUGCGAAAGUCGUCACAUCAGAUCAGCAGUCAGGAGUCCCAGCUCCCCACGUUCAGCAGCCAGCAGAGCAUGUACAGUGUGGCCUCCGACAGUGGAUUUGGCAGCAAUGCGCAGAGCAAUGGCCGAUUCAAUGGCCCUGAUGUCGCCGCCUUCGAAACAGAAGAGUCGAUCGAGCCGCCUCGUAAGCGUAUUAGGUCGUCUUCAAACCAUAUGCCAUCCUUCGGGCUUCAACGGGAGCACUCUUCCUUGUCCAUGCAAGAACCUACCCCGACAGAACCGAACGACUCUUUCUACCAGGAAAUGGACGGGCCCGCUUCUAUGGUGGAUGACAACAGGCGUGGCUCAGACCCUCUGCCUCCUGCCACAACUCCAGAAAGAUUUCAGAAAAUGAAGCUCAUCAUGACCUUGUUUCUUGACAAGAGGACCAAGGAUUUCUCCAACCAUCCGGCGUUGUUGCAACUCACUGGUGAAGAUCUAGAAAUUCCACUUGACGAAUACCGCAACAACGCUCUUCAUUGGGCAGCAAUGCUUGCUCGUAUGCCUCUUGUCUAUGCGCUCGUCGAGAAAGGCGUGAGCAUCUAUCGUUUAAACGGUGCGGGCGAAACUGCUUUACAAAAAUCCGUCGGGACGAGAAACAACCUCGAUUACAGAAGCUUUCCGCGCUUAUUACAAGUGCUGGCUCCCACCAUAGACAUGGUUGACUAUAGUGGACGCACAAUCCUGCACCACAUCGCAGUGAUGGCUGCGACUGGUGGUGGUGGACAUGUGUCCGCGAAGCACUAUUUGGAGGCUUUGCUGGAGUUCAUAGUUCGCCACGGAGGCACGUCCAUAAGCCAGCAGCCUCCUAAUGGGGUUGAGGGUACCAAUGGUAAUAAAUCUCAAACAGGCGAAGUCAUCACCCUGGGCAGAUUUAUUUCAGAAAUAGUCAACCUUCGGGAUGAUCAAGGGGACACAGCACUUAAUCUUGCUGGGCGAGCCCGCUCUGUCCUAGUGCCUCAAUUACUAGAAGUUGGUGCGGACCCUCACAUACCCAACCACACCGGUCUCCGUCCUGCCGACUAUGGCGUCGGCGUGGAUAUGGUUGACGGCAACGCCCAAUCCCAACAAGGCGGAAGCAAGAAUGAAUCUUUCAUUGAUCACCUGGCCAAAACAAAGAAAGAAAUCUUUGAUGCAACAAUGGCCCAGAUUAGCGCAAUAGUACAGGAGACAUUAGGCGGUAUCGAGAAAGAACUAGCCACCGACUUGUCCAAGAAGCAAGAGAAGUUUGAACAUUGGCAUUCGAAAAUACGCGAGACCGCCAAGGCCCGUCAGAUAGAACAGAAGAAACUGGACGACCUCAAGAGCAAGUCUUCUGAUCGGGUCGAACUGAGCAGACGAAUUAAAAAUUUGGAAAGGUCAUCUGAAGACCUUCUCGUGAUGCUCAAAGAGAUACAUGGUGGACACUUCGAGCCUUCCAAAAUGACCAUAGUUGGAGAUGCUGAUCAAGAUUCUGGCGUCGACAUGACCGAAUUCGAGGCCCUCUUUCCCGAAACGUUCGAUCCUACAUCAGGGUUUUCCGAAAAGCAGGUAACCUAUCUCAAGUCUCUGACUUCUCCUGAGAUUCUGCAGCAACGCAUCAAAUGCUAUCAAGAUUUCAAUCAAGAGAUACUUGCCGAGGUGGAUCGUUUGAAAUCGAAGAACGUGGUGUUGGGUCAGAACUACCGUCGAAUGGUUAUGGCCUGUACCGGCUGGACGGCCGAACAGGUCGAUGAAGCCGCCGAAGGGUUAACGCAAUGCGUGAAGGAUUUGAAUGACAAUCCUGUUCCUGAGGAUGAGGCUAUCGAGAUUCUCAUGAGAGAUCGAGGUCAGGAUUGGUAG